GUUGGUACUGAUAUUCUACUAGGAAAAUUUGAUAAGUUUCGUGGGUUUUUAGUUAAAUAUUGUCGUGAAGGUGGUAUUAUUCCAGGUUCAAAUGCAUUGAGAAAACAGUAUUUGACGAAAGUAUUUCAUAAGCAUGUAGAAAAACUUCGGGAUGAAUUU